AUGCCGCCUCAUCGCUCCGCACGUUCCCGCCCUGCCGACGCCGUCCCCGUCGACGUCGACUCAGACAGCCAAGGCGACACAGAAAAUGACGAAGAGCCCACACCCAAGCCCCAGCGCACCUCGCGGAAGCGUGUUAGCGAGGUUUUCGACGGCAGCUUCACGUCCGAGUCUGGUAGGGCGCCCCUCAAAUCUGUUAACAUCAACGACGACGCCGCAGAGAAACGGCGACGCAGAAAGAGCGCCCGCCCAGUAAUUCCCCUCGAUGACAAUGAGGCAGGACCAUCUACCGAGGACACUAGGGCCGCCGCUCACGCCAGGCAGACGCAGCAGCUCCUGUCUGUCGCAGAGGCUCCUGCGAUUGAUGUUCCCCUCGAUGUCAUGAACUCGAAUUUUGAAGAGUGGAUGAAGAUGGCUACAGACAACGUACGUCCCUACCUCUCCAGUCUCGACGGCUUGCUCGCUUUGGUCGUUGCCUCCUCCACAGAAGGAGUUGCUGCUGCGAAACCAUGCUUCACGGCUAAGAAUCUUGCCGAUUCACUGCCAUGA